UAACCGGAAAAGGAAAACCCAUGGAUUAAUGUGUGUAUCCAGCAUCUUAGGCGCACUGGGCAUCCUUCAACAAAGCCCCUCAUAAGAUUCGCUUAAUCAUGGGGAUAUAUAGCAUUUUAUGACGGAGGACUGAUUGUUUUUUUGUUUUUGCUGAGGAGGGGCUGUUAUUGCAGACUGGGAGUGCAGGGUCUGGCCACCCACACUCUGUGGAAGUGGGACAACGGAGCAGAUGGCGCAUCUAAGCUGAGCUGCGGGGCUUUGUCUUGCACCAAAUACAAGGUGCCAUCAUUAAAACAACCGGUUUGCUUUAUUUCUACGAGAGUUCAUUUAUUUUUUUAUCCGAUAAUUAUGUCGGAGUGACGGCGCAAAUGCAGAACAGAAAUACGUCCAUAUACCGCCUGAUCUGAGCCCACCGUCCCUUUCUUAAUCCUCUCUAUAAUUGAACACAAUGGUGGAUAACCGCUACGCCACCGCUCUGGUCAUAGCCUGCGUGCUGAGCGUCCUGGCCACGGUGUACCUGUCGGUGGCCAUCGGCACGCAGCACUGGUACCAGUACAGCAGCCCCACGGUGCGUGGAGAGGCCAACGUGUCGGAGCUGCGCUCCCUGUACGAAGAGUUCAUGAGUGGGGAGUUCGACGAGAAGACCUACAGUGACACGCUGUUCCGCCUCAACGGGACCGUGGGCCUGUGGUGGCGGUGCGUGCUGGUCCCACCCAACGCGCAGUGGAUCAAGGAGCCAGAUGCCAAGAUGGUGCUGGAGUGUCGAAACUUCACUUUGCUGGAGCAGUUCACCCCCAAAUACAAAGAGCCGGGGAACCACAACAGCGGAGAGGACAUGCUCCGCACCUAUUUGUGGAGGUGCCAGUUUCUGCUGCCACUGACGUCUCUCGGUCUGGUUGUGUUAGCGGGCCUCAUUGGGUUCUGCGCCUGCCUGUGCAGGACCCUCACACCUACACUGGGUUUAGGAGUUCUUCACCUGUUGGCUGGUCUGUGCACCCUGGCAACAGUGUGCUGCUACCUGGCUGGGAUGGACCUGCUCCACAGGGUGUCAAUGCUCCCUGACAAGGUGGAUGGCUCCCUGGGUUGGUCCCUUUACCUGGCUCUCAUCUCCUCGCCCCUGCACAUGAUGGCUGCCGCACUGCUGGUGUGGGCGGCACGCAGCCACAGCCAGAACUACUACCGCAUGACUGCAUACCGGGUGGCGUGAUGAGAGAUUGUGCUUCAGAUCUCAGAUUUUAAAUACCACAACUCCGGCACCAGAAUAUACAUUUCAUACUAAUAUUUAAGGAUAUGUUUUGUUUUUUUUAUCCCAUCCUAGAUUCAAUAUCAAGUAAAAACCCUAACGUAUGCUGCAUUUAUUUAUUUAUUUUUUUCUAGAGCUGCUAAUAUAAAAAAAA